CUUUACUUCCUCCAUCUUCAUUUCUAAAUCCCAAUCAUGGGUAGCCGAAACCGUGAGUUCCACGUCUUCUUGUUCCCUUACAUGGCUCACGGCCACAUUGUACCGAUCUUAGAUAUGGCCAAGCUAUUCGCAGCGCAAGGAGUGAGGACAACCAUAGUUACAACUCCUCUCAACGCUUCAACAUUCUCCAAAGCCACUCAGUCAAGCGAAAUCAAUUCCGGCAACGUCAAAGUCGAAAUCAAAACCAUCAAGUUCCCUUCUGUAGAAGCCGGUCUACCAGAUGGUUGUGAGUAUCUCAACUCACUCCCCUCACCAGAAUUAUCCACCAAUUUCCUCAAAGCAACAAGCUUGCUCCAAGAACCGCUCGAGCAGCUUCUGCUCGACGAAAAACCUAGUUUCCUUUUGGCAGACAUAUGUUUUCCUUGGGCAACUGAUGCAGCUGCAAAGUUUGAUAUUCCGAGGUUGGUUUUUCAUGGCACUAGUUUCUUCGCCUCGGCUGCCUCAUAUAAUAUGAGCAAGUAUGAGCCUUUUAAGAACAGUUCGUCCGAUUUGGAACCUUUCGUGAUUCCGAAUUUUCCUGGUGAGAUUACGAUGACAAGAGCCCAAGUGCCUGCUUUUGACAAGGAAAAUAUUGAAAACGACUUGACCCGGUUGCUCAAACGGGCCAAGGAAUCUGAGCAGACGAGCUAUGGAAUUGUUGUGAACAGUUUCUAUGAGCUCGAACCGGUUUAUGCAGAUUAUUACAGAAACGUUUUGGGGAGGAAGGCUUGGCAUAUAGGCCCUGUUUCUCUAUGCAAUAGAAGCAAUGAAGAAAAAGCACUUAGAGGAAAAGCAUCUUCUAUCAACGAGCACGAUUGCUUGAAGUGGCUUGAUUCAAAAGAACCCAAUUCGGUUGUUUAUGUGUGUUUUGGAAGCAUGGCUAAAUUCAAUGCCUCUCAGCUUAAGGAGAUUGCAAUGGGGCUUCAGGCUUCUGGGCAGGACUUCAUUUGGGUAGUGAGGAGAGGACAAGAUGAUGACAUGGAGAAAGAGGAUUGGCUGCCAGAAGGGUUUGAGCAUAGGAUGGCAGGGAAAGGACUAAUAAUAAGAGGGUGGGCCCCGCAGCUUCUGAUUCUUGACCAUAGGGCUGUUGGCGGGUUUGUAACUCACUGUGGGUGGAACUCGACGUUGGAAGGGAUUGCGGCUGGGUUGCCGAUGGUGACGUGGCCGGUGUCGGCGGAGCAGUUUUACAACGAGAAGCUGGUGACCCAAGUGCUGAAGAUAGGUGUUGGAGUGGGUGCUCAGAAAUGGGUUAGUCUUGUUGGGGAUUUUGUUAAGAAGAAAGCUGUUGAUAAAGCCGUAAGGAGGAUUAUGGUGGGUGAGGAAGCAAAGCAAAUGAGAAGUAGAGCUUGGGAACUUGCAGAGCAGGCAAAGAGGGCUAUUGAGAAGGGAGGAUCAUCACAUUCUGAUUUGAAUGCCCUAAUCCAAGAGUUGAAAUCCCGUGGUUAAAAUGUUGGAACGCACAUUUGGAUGAGGCUUUACUUGAUGAAUAUUUUAGAAGGCUUCCUAGCCAAAAUGGUCCUUUAGAUUGCUAUAAGUCCUUAGUUUAAUAGCAAUGAAAAUCAAUAAAUGUAGCCCCCUAUCUUUGAAUGUCCACACCAAUGUGAUCAUUCCGUUAUAACUCCGUUUGUUUGUUGAUGUGGUAUAUAUAUGGAACUAUAAACCUAAUAAA